AAUCAGCUCAAAAACAAAAGUGACAUAAUUAAGCUCGUGGAGUAUUGUGUAUUACUUUUUCAUGUGUUAUGACAUGAAAAAGUGAUAGUUUUGUAAAUAUAAACGCUGUAUAUACCUUCCAAAUGAAAACUCAUUGGAAAAAUUCAAACAUAUAUAUUUUUAUUGGAAAGAGAUGUUUCUGGAAGAUGCACCAUGCUGCCUUGUUGACAACGCGAACCGAGCAGCGCAAGAUUACCGUUCCUCCUUCACCUGCCUUUGCCCGUUUGCGUCACCGGUCACAGGCCAGUACCCAGUAGACCAGUACGAUCAACAUAGUCCAAUCUGCCCCUUUAAUCUCAGUCACUUCCACACUCUCAAUGUGUUGUUGACAGAUUUUAUGAUUGAUUUUUCUGAUAGCCAAUCGUAUCAUUCGGUGCGUAUGUGUAUCCAAUCAGAGGCUGGUAAGGGCGUAGCGGGAACCUCGAGCACCAGACUGUGCAGUGCCUAUCUGUCAGCUACAGUGUGUUAUCGCGAAUAUGAUUGAGCGUGGAAGGAAAAAAACACAUGUAUGAUUUUACAAACUGAGAUUUUCAAAUGAUUUACCGCGGACUUGGACUAAAACCUUACAUCUCAAAGUGUGCUUUGGACCCACGAGAAAAUACGUCAAACUGCAAGUUCUGGAUAGAACCAAGGCAAGGAAAAGGUCGGGAAGUUACGGAUCUUUGUUGUCCGGACAAGAGAGAGGGGCCCGAUUUCAGAGCAGCCAGUCUCGGGUGAAGUUAGCAAGCAAUCGGUACCAAGGAAGCCAGCAUCGUAAACCAGUUAGGAAGAGGAUAGUCCAGUUAUCGACAGGUGUUUGAACCGCUAGCAGUCAGAGAAGUCGGUGGUUAAAUAAAUACCAGUUGCAAAACGGUGUUGAGGUUGGAAGAUCAGACUUCUGCUCGCAGCUUGCUUUCAGCAGUGACGUUAUUUGGACCACCACUGGUACCCUGCCUAAUUCCUGUCCAAGGGACGUUUUGGUUUUGAGCAGCACACCGUACUUCCAACUCCUGCAAGCUGUUUAACCUGGAGGGACUUUAAAAAAUAAUAAUUGUGUCCACUAUUGCUGCCUCAUUCAGACUUGCCAAGCUACAAUGGUGGUCAGGUGUUUUAACCUGUAGCAGAGCCUCAACUCCACCUCGACACACAACAGUGGGCCGUAGGGCUAAUCAACAAUUCUCAACUGGAGGACCACACAGUCUCUUGACUCCUCUAACUUCUCUGCUGGAAUAGACUAUACCAGUUUCCCCCCCCUCUCCAGCCCCUAUCCCCCCUUAGCCCCCCUCUGCCUCCAUCCUCUCCCUCUCGUCCCCCAGUGUGUGAGGGGACAGAUGUGAGGAAGGCAGGAUGGGUACCCAGGGCAGCCCGGUGAAGAGUUAUGACUACCUGUUGAAGUUCCUCCUGGUCGGGGACAGCGAUGUGGGGAAAGGGGAGAUACUAGACAGCCUACAGGAUGGAUCGGCAGAGUCUCCGUACGCGUACAGCAGUGGCAUCGACUACAAGACCACCACUAUUCUGCUGGAUGGGAGGAGAGUGAAACUGGAGCUGUGGGACACGUCAGGACAGGGGAGGUUCUGCACCAUCUUCAGGUCCUACUCCAGAGGGGCUCAGGGGAUCCUGCUGGUGUAUGACAUCGCAAACCGCUGGUCGUUCGAAGGCAUCGACCGCUGGAUACGAGAGAUUGACGAGCAUGCCCCGGGUGUACCUCGUAUCCUGGUAGGCAACCGGCUCCACCUGGCGUUCAAGCGCCAGGUUCCUACGGAGCAGGCCCGGGCGUACGCGGAGAAGAACGGCAUGACCUUCUUUGAGGUCAGCCCGCUCUGCAACUUCAACGUCAUCGAGUCGUUCACAGAGCUGUCUCGCAUCGUACUGAUGAGGCACGGCAUGGAGAAGUUCUGGAAGCCCAACAGAGUGUUCACUCUCCAGGACCUGUGCUGCAGAGCGAUUGUCUCCUGCACGCCCGUCCACCUGAUCGACAAGCUGCCGUUGCCCGUGGCGAUAAAGUCCCACCUCAAGUCCUUCUCUAUGGCCAAUGGGAUGAACGCAGUGAUGAUGCACGGACGGUCCUAUUCGCUGGCCAACGCGGCGGGCGGGUCUAAAGGGAACAGUCUGAAGCGUUCUAAAUCUAUCAAACCCCCCCAGAGCCCCCCACAGAACUGCACACGCAACAACUGUAAAAUCUCCUAGUGAUAGACCCUGUCUGGGGGAGGGGGGAGACUGACACCCUAAACACACUGAAACAGACCCUGUCCCUUCCACUGAGGGGAGGAUGUGUAGAGCCUGUGGGGAGAACCAAGUCUGAGACCUAACCUACACCCCGAAGGGAGGGGAUACCCUGAAACAGACCUAGCCCUUACCCCAUACCCUAACCCUGGGGGAGGAGAUACCCUGGGUGAGGAGGGUGAUGAAACCUAGUGUAGGAGGAGGGAGGUGUGUGUGCACAGACUUGAGGAGACCCGACCAGACAUUUCUGGUCAACCCUCGUCCAUAGGAGGGGUUGUGCUGGAGUUGUAAUACACCCAGAAUACAUCCAGAAUACACCCAGAAUACAUCCACACCCAGAAUACAUCCACACCCAGAAUACACCCAGAAUACAUCCACAUCCAGAAUAUACCCAGAAUACACCCAGAAUACAUCCAGAAUAUACCCAGAAUACAUCCAGAAUACACCCAGAAUACACCAGAAUACAUCCAGAAUAUACCCAGAAUACAUCCAUCCACGUCCAGAAUACACCCAGAAUACACCCAGAAUAUACCCAGAAUACAUCCAUCCACGUCCAGAAUACACCCAGAAUAUACCCAGAAUACAUCCAGAAUACACCCAGAAUACAUCCAUCCACAUCCAGAAUACAUCCAUCCACAUCCAGAACACAUCCACACAACCCUACUGAGUUCUAGUGUUUUCCCCUCUCUUCUUCCCUCCCUUUCUCUCUCUGUUGAUCAGAGUGUUGCCUCCUGCUGUCCCAUGAUUCAUAUGUUAAAUAAUCGAUGUUCUCUUCAUGGAUCUCUGCCUGCUCUCCUUCUUUCCUUCCUUCCUCUCUCCAUCUCCUUCACUCUGCCUGCUUUCUCUCCUCACUCUGCCUGCUCUCUCUCUCUCCAUCUCCCUCA